GAGAGAAAAGAAAAAACAGAGGGGUCCCCAUUUGUCAUUUGGAGGUCCAACAAUGGCGACUUCACCCCAUUGCCGUGGCUCCCACCUUCUUCUUCUUCUUCUUCUUCUUCUUCUUCUUCUUCUUCUCUCUCUCUCUCUCUCUCUCAGUACAAUUUCCGUGCUCUCUCCAUAAAUACCCAACUCUAUAAUCCCAAUCCCUUUCCAAAUCGGACCCGAAAAACUUCACCCAAAAAUGGCCAUUCCCAAACCCACCUCCCUCAAGCAAAUCGUCAAGCGCUGCUCCAGUCUAGGCCGAAAACAAGAUCCCACGUCCACUCCCCCGGCCUACGACGGCGUUCCCAAGGGACAUUUCGCCGUCUAUGUCGGCCAAAAUCGGAGCCGAUAUGUCGUCCCCAUCUCGCUCUUGACUCACCCCGAUUUCCAAUGCCUUCUGCGCCUUGCGGAGGAGGAAUUCGGGUUUCGCCACCAUAUGGGUCUUACUAUUCCUUGCGAAGAGGUGGUUUUCCGGUCCCUCACCGCCGCCCUCAAAUGAAUCCACCGCCGCCCAAAUUGCACACUUUCCUCUUCAUUUUUUCUUUUUAAUUUUAAUUUUAAUUGUAAUUUUAGUAUUAUUAUUAUUAUUUUUUUACCCUUUUUUAUUUGGGUUGGAUUUUUUUUUACCCUUUUCGGAGGGGUUUUUUUUUCUUUUUUUCUUUUUUAAAUUUUUUGGGUGGUAUGAUAACUUCUUUUGACUUGAUGAACCAAACUCCAUACUCCAAAGGAAAAGAGUAAAAUGGGGUUUGUGUAUUAUUGUUGUAUAAAUAUUUACUAGUGGCAUGGCAUGGCAUCAUGGGAGUUUUUCCUCAUAGUGGUGGAAAUAUUGGUUCCCUAUGAGAGAUGUAUUCUAAAUUUACAAAUCCAAAUCUCUACUAAUUUAUUUCUCUCUCUUUUAA